GCUUCUGGAGUAACAGUGAAUGAUGAAGUCAUAAAGGUUUUUAAUGACAUGAAAGUAAGGAAAUCUUCAACCCCAGAAGAGAUUAAAAAAAGGAAGAAAGCUGUUCUCUUCUGCUUAAGUGACGACAAAAAACAAAUAAUCGUGGAGGAGUCAAAGCAGAUACUGGUUGGUGACAUUGGAGAUACUGUGGAGGACCCCUAUACAGCCUUUGUAAAGUUGCUACCUUUGAAUGAUUGCCGAUACGCUUUGUAUGAUGCCACAUAUGAGACAAAGGAAUCUAAGAAAGAAGACCUGGUAUUUAUAUUCUGGGCUCCUGAAAGUGCACCUUUAAAAAGUAAGAUGAUCUAUGCAAGCUCUAAAGAUGCCAUUAAAAAGAAAUUUACAGGUAUUAAACAUGAGUGGCAAGUAAAUGGUUUGGACGAUAUUAAGGAUCGUUCAACACUUGGAGAGAAGCUGGGAGGCAACGUGGUAGUUUCACUUGAAGGAAAACCCUUAUAAAAAGACAGACAAGUGCCAUCGGGAUCUAAGGAGCUUCUAUUUCUGCAGCUCGUUCAAUUGGAAUAGCAUUAGUCUCCCCGUCCCCUUCCCUCCUCAAAAAAUAAGUCCCUUCCCAAAUACCCCUGAAGGAGAUGUCAUUGUUAAGCAGUCUACUAGUGAUUGCUAUUAGACUGCUUAAUCCUGGUAGUUUUAUGUCGGAUCCAAGGAAUGCUUUCACGUCAUACUCUUAGCCAAAACUGACGUUGCAGGCAUUCCUUGCAACAUGUACAAUGAAUGUGAUAGUUAAUGUGAAUAGUUCAGCAGACAGCAAAGGGUAAGCUAAUUGAAUGCCUUGAAAGUAUUGUCCACUGAUCGGAUGGUAGACUCUGUACAGUAUUACUUACAGUUGCACUUGAUUGCAGUUCCAUGAGGCUCUUGUGUGUUCAUACACCUCACCUGCCUUGACAAGCCUAUUUUUGUGACAUGGCAGCACACAACACUAUGCAUUUAAAGCACUUUUUUGUCAUAUGUUUGACCCUCCCUAACACCCCCCCC